AUGAAGUUGUCUGAACUAGAGGCAACGAGCCCUUUGGGUGCUGCGCUGUACGAUACAGUUCUCCAGCUCCAGAUGAUUCAGGCACGGCUCUCUGCUGCAUUUAUUUCGCUGGCCAGGAAGGAUACGUUUCUAAGCGAGAUACCGGAUGUCCUCAGGGAUAUAGUGGCGAUGGGUUCCAGCGCGAAAUGUCACAGUUCGUCCUUCUCUCUGGGUCUCUUUUCGGCAGCGGAGGGUCUCAAGGCUGCUGUGGAAGUGUGGCGCUGUACGCCGUGUGCGGCACCCGCUGCGCUAGGGGCGGCGCAGAGUGAGGCGGGAGGUUAG